ACUUGCUACUUGAUUUGUGUGUCAAAACAAACUUUUAGUCAAAAAAUCAGCCUGAUAGCUUUGAUAAUGAUUUAAACUUUCUUUUUACUGGACUGUAAUGAAAAGUAGAUGCCAUCAACAAGGACUGAUGAUUAUAUGAAAUUUAUAAAUAGAGUUUAAAGCGUUUAUCUCGAGUUUCAUUCUCAAAUAACAAGAAAUGCAGCGCAAUAACGAUGCACAGCAAAAUACCAUUGGAAUAGUUCAAUGUGGACGUAAUACGUGUUAGUUAGACCAUUCCUGUAGCCACUAUAAAACAAAACAGAUUUUGAAUAAUCGAUAAUAUUUAAAAAAUCGGGAGUAUUUUGCUCCCUCCCUACCCUUAAGCAGCUUUACGGUUGGAACUUGGAACUUGUCAAAACUUUUAUUAAGCUAUAGCUUUAGGUACACUCUGGCUGUGUUUUGCGUAAGUUACAUUGUGACUAUUGUUAAUCAAAAAGUCCACAGUUUUUAUUGUUAAAAUCAAAAGUGUAUCAAUAAAGUUAAGUUUUCAAUAUCUUAUCGAAGAAACCUGAUAAUAAACAAAAAAAGAACAUGGACAACAAUAAAAAAGCGCAAAUAUUAUCAGAGUCCUUACUGGGUCAAAAGAACGAAUUGCUGUUCAAAUUUCUGGUAAUAGGCGAUUUCGGUGUUGGGAAAACAUCUAUUAUAAAGCGAUACGCUGAAGGAACGUUUUCAUCUGUUUAUAAAAUGACAAUUGGAGCUGAUUUUGCUAUAAAGUCAUUAAUGGUGGAUGAAAACACUUUAGUUCAUUUACAGUUAUGGGAUAUAGCCGGCAAUGAGCGAUUUGGCUCUUUAACUCGAGUUUAUUACAAAUAUGCGGUUGCUGCAGCAAUCGUUUUUGAUUUAUCAAGACCAGAAACGUAUCACUCAGUUAAAAAAUGGCUUUCAGAUUUACGCCGAAAAGUAACAUUACAGAACGAAGAGCCAUUGCCUGUGGUAAUUUUAGCUAAUAAAGGGGAUGUAAACUACUGCAAUAUUCCCAACGAAAUUGUGGAUUUUUGUAAAGAGCAAAAGAUUUUAAACUGGUUUAUAACAUCGGCAAAAGAAAACACCAAUAUUGAAGCAGCCUUUGAAUGUUUACUACAAGCAGCCCUUCACAACCAUAUUGGUGAUAAGUCUAACACUAAUGACAUAAUAUCACUCAAAAAGGAAUCAAAGAAAACUUCAGAAAUAUGUUGUGUGUAAAUCAAAAUAUACAACUACUGUUAUUGGUAUUAUUUGUAAAAGACUUUAUUCGUUUUUUGUAACAACUUAUUUAGUAAAAACAUCAUUCUAUAUAUAUGUACAUAUUACAUACUAACAU